GUUUGUGUGAUGAAACAUAUCUAGUCUGUGUUUUUUUAAAUAUCAUUAAAAUGGUGUGACAGCCUUGUGUUGGGUUGUAUAAGGGCAAGGGAAAUAUUGUAUCCAUUUCCUUUUUCUUUCUGUCUUUAAUAAGUUACUCUCAUAUAUUUAUCGCUCCCCAGAUCAGAUUUUAAAAGUCUAAGCUCAACUGACCACCUUUUACAUUGUAGAAUACAAAUCGGGUUAGAUGAAGAAAUGGUAAUCCACUUAUUUCUUCAGAAGACUGUCUGCUGGAGCAGGCCUGGAACCUUUUUAAAUUUCAUUGACCCACCUGGAAUGACAACCCUCCCUCUUUCUUUAUAGACUCUUCAUACUCGGAACCUCCUGAUGUUCAGCAACAGUUGAACCAUUACCAGUCUGCAGCUCUGGCCAGGAACAAUAUCAGCCGAAUCCCACCUUCUGGGAGUGCUGCAGGAGUGGAAAAAACAGAAGCUAUCCUUAACUGUGAAUUUUGUGACUUCUCCUCGGGUUACAUACAGAGCAUUCGACGUCACUACCGUGACAAGCAUGGAGGGAAGAAACUCUUCAAGUGCAAAGAUUGUUCCUUUUAUACAGGCUUUAAAUCUGCUUUUACUAUGCACGUGGAAGCUGGACAUUUGGCAGUUCCUGAGGAAGGACCCAAAGACCUUCGUUGUCCUCUUUGCCUAUAUCACACCAAAUACAAACGUAACAUGAUUGAUCAUAUAGUUCUGCACAGAGAAGAGCGGGUUGUUCCCAUUGAAGUUUGCCGUUCCAAACUGUCAAAAUACUUGCAGGGAGUUGUUUUCCGCUGUGAUAAGUGUACCUUUACCUGCUCCAGUGAUGAGAGUUUGCAGCAACACAUAGAGAAACACAAUGAACUUAAACCUUACAAAUGUCAACUCUGCUACUAUGAGACCAAACACACAGAGGAGCUGGGCACUCAUCUUCGAGAUGAGCACAAGGUGAGUCGUAAUUUUGAGCUGGUUGGACGGGUUAAUUUGGAUCAGCUGGAACAAAUGAAGGGGAAAACAGAGAGCUCCAGCAGCGAUGAGGAAGAAAAAGAGUUAAGCCACAAGACUGAAGGCAGAGGUUAGUAUAGUUGCUUUCUCUUUUAUGCUGGAUACUGUAAUGGACACUGCCAGUUUUAUCAAGCAAGACCAACUGUUGACUCAACAGCAGAUUCCUUAAGUCAUGGAAGCUUGUCAGUAUGGGCAAAAUGGAGCUUUUGUCAAGACACAUUCCUCAAGGAAUUUUGUGUUUCUAAUGCUUAUGACAAGAUUUCUGUUUAAGAAAACCAAAUCAUGCUCCAAAAAAAAAUGUUAUGAGAAAAUACUGGUAACAUCUGUGACUGUGCAGAUAACAUCUAUGAGGGCUUAGAAAAAUACUAAGUAAGUGGAGUAUUUUAGUGGGCUGUCAGAUUAUUCUGUGUUGGUAACCCAUGUUCAGCUUUGCUGCUCCACAUUAUAGCCAUGAGGGAUAUAGUUCAGUGGCCAAGUUUAUUCUGGGGCUAUUGUCUGCCCAGUGCUUACAAAGCAUUCCUUCCCUCCUCUUUGUGGGAGCUGACCCUUUUGCCAUCACUUUGGUUGGCAACUCUGAAGCCAGGGUAGUCCCAUUCCUUACCUCCAAAUCACCGUUCCAACUGUGUACUUUACAUUUGUGCCUAAAUUCACAUCUAUGAAUAAUCCCACUGGGUUCAGUUAAGUCUUAUUCAUGUGUUUAUUGUUCAGAUGGUUAGCUGAGUAGGGAUAAAGAAAGGUAGUUCUUGGUGAAUUGGACUCUGAGGGUUGUUGUGUGUUUUUGUGUUUGUUUGGGGUUUUUUUUGCCUUUAAUAUUAAAAUAAUUUUAGUGCAAAUAUCUGGUCCUGACUGGAAUACUCCAUGUUUUCUCACAGUCAUCUGCCCUAUAGUGCAUGACUUCAUCAAUGGAAUGCAGUAUGUUUGCAAUUCUUGUUCAACAGUAAAAGGAGCUUGAUUUGAACUAAUAACUGCAGUGAGCCUCGUCAUGCCUAAUCAUCAGGUUCCAGGGGUCAUCCAACCUCCUGAUGCUGACUGCAGGCUGCCAAGUUUCUAUGUACUUAUAACUAAAAGCAAGCUGCCAUGUUUACCUUUUUCCUUCUGAAAUUUCAGUUUUCAAUUGAAAACUCAUUUCAAGUUCAUUCAAGAGUUAUUCACAAAAGAAAACAUGUCUCCCUAGGUAUUCUCAAACCUGUAAAAGGUAAAGAUUGCUAGAUUCACAAGCAGUUUACAAAACAUGAAGGGGCCAUUAACACUUCACUUUGUGACUGGUGAUAUCUUUAUUUAAUGAGGAAGAGAGUUAGAUAGGAAACAACUUUUAUUGAAAAACAUCCUCCACGAGAUCUUUGUUAGCAGCCCUAAAGGAAAUCAGGAGAGGAGCAGGAGGGAUGUUGAUUUCACACAUGUUCCAAAGUUUGACAUUAUUAGCGCUGCACCCUCAUGCAGAAGUUUGUUCAAGUGUCUGUUCAGCGGGGGAUGUGACCCUAAGAGCUUCAGAGCUGAAAGAAUGAGUCUAAUGCUUUGACUAAAGGACCAGCUUCCUCUAAUUUGCAGCUGUAGCAGACAUUAAUGUUUUGUGUAGACCAACAGCUAGAAAUGGAUGAAGAGUCAUGCUGUCUUUGUGAGGCUUGCAUCAGCACUACACACAAGCGCAGGUGCUGAAAUGACCCUGGAAACCAUGGUAUCCAGACAGAGAAAAAGAAGGUACUAUCAGCUGAGCCUCAUAAAUCCCUAUAAACUCUACUAUGGGAGAAAAAAAAUAAAACUAAGAUCAUCAUUUAAAUUGGCUUCAGGAUACUUGAGAUUCUUGACACUUAUUAUGAAAAUGUAAGAAUACCACCUUCUAGGUUGGAGAUUAAAAUUUGCAGGGAGAAACAGACAUAACUGUGCUUUGUGUGAUCAGUAAUUAAGCUAGGUAUAAUGUUUUAGCAAUUUUUAUUUGAUUUUAUUUUUUCACCUGCAGUCUUCUGUAAUAUCUGUGAUUGGCUGAAAAAUCUGUAUUUGACUGUUCAAAUGAGUGGUCUAAAAAUCAUGCUUAUUUCCCAAAUUGUAUUUCACCGCUGUUCUUUCCCAGCUUCCCUUUAGAAGUGACAGUUGUUAAUUUUUCUCCUUUUCAGGUAAUAUCAGUUCUAAUUUUUAAUAUUUUUUUUACUAGAGCAGAUAAAAAUACAGAAAGUCCUUAUGCCAUCUACAAAAGUCCAAGUUCUACUGACUUUAUCUUUUGCAAAAUGGUAUCUUGCACCUGGUCUUCAAGUGUCCAACUGACACAGGUGCUGAAGACAUGGCUACGUGGCUUGGGUGCAGUGUCACAUGUUAGCAUCAUCUUCUAAUUGAUAUUCAGAAGCUGCUUCCAAUUCAAAAAUAUGGACUUCAAGAGAGCAUACUUCAGCUUAUUAAGGAAGUUGGUAGGUGGAAUUGUUUGGGAGUCAGCACUGAAGGUCACGUGAGUCAGUGUUGAAGGGCAAAGGAGCUCAAGCAAGCUGGGAGAUAUUUUAGAAUAACCUCCUCCAAAGCAUGAGAAUGGUCCAUCCCAAUACUCAGCAAAAUGAGUAGAUAUAUCAGGAGAUGAGCUUGACUACACAAGGGACACAUGACUGAGCUGCAGUGCAAAAAGAAUGUAUACAGGAUGUGGAAGCGAGGACAGGCUAUAAACGAGGGUUAUAAAAGCAUUGCCUAGGCACGAAGGGAUGAUGUUAGGAAACCCAAAGUCCAACUCGAGUUGAAGCUGGCAAGUUAUAAAAAGGGCAACAAGAAUUGCUUCUACCACCAGGUCACCAAUAAAAGACCAUACAAGGAAAAUGUGGACCCACUCCUGAUUGGGGCAGGUGAUUUAGUGACAGGGGGUGCAGAUAAUACUGAAGUACUCAAUGCCCUCUUUGCCUUGGUCUUCCGCCACAAGUCCUCCCAGGCCCCUGUGCCUAGAGACAGGAUUCAAGAAGUAGAGGAACUACCAAUAGUGGUGAAAGACCAUUUCAGGAAUCUCUUGAAUGCAACCCAUACAAGUCCAUGGGACAAGUUGCAUCUCAGGGCGCUAAGAAAAUCGGCUGAUAUUCUUACAAGCCCACUCCCUAUCAUCUUUGAAAGGUUGUGGAGAUCAGGGAAGAUCCCUGGUGACUAGAGAAAGGCAAAUGUUGCACCCAUCUUCAUAAAGGGCAGGAAAGGGGAUCUGGGGAAGCUAUAGGCCAGACAGCCUCACUUUGGGCCCUGGGGAAAAAAAAAAAAUAAAUCACAGAGCAAGUCCUCUAGGAAGCUGUUCUUGAUCACAUGAAGGAAAAGGUGAAUCAGAAUAGUCAUCCAUACUUGACCAACCCAAUGUAAUUUUAUUGUGGAAGGUAUAGGUCUAUGCAUGAGAGAGCAAUGGAUGUUGUAUACCUUGACUUUAGGAAGGCUUUUUAUAUUGUCUCCCAUAACAUCUUUGUAUCUAUGUUGGGAUGUUAUGGUCCAGGUGGAUGGGCUAACUGGAUG